CGCACCACCGCAUUCCUUUUCUUACAUCUCACGGCCAGAGACUUGAGAAACUGUUAUACGCGCACGCGCAGUGACCAACCGAUGUUUCUCUUCCCUCUCUCCGAUUGGUCUGUUUCUCUUUACGGGUGGGCUUAGCGCCAAAUACAAACGAAGGCCGGGAGCUGCUUUAACGCGUCUUGGUGUUGUGCGUAUUAAGAACCGACUCGGAAGUAUAGAAGCGGGAUAUUGAUGACGGCUCAUCAACACAUAAGCCAGAAUGAAUUCCGGCGAGCUCGUGCUAAUACCCCGGCUCGGGUUCGGGUUUGUGUGCGAUUGCGCCCUGGAAUGGGAACCGGACAGGGUCAGGAUGCCCCUUGUGUACGAGGCGUGGACUCCCACUCUUUGGAGAUCCUCAACUGGAGAAAUGAGAUGGAGACAAUGAAGUACAAAUUUGACGCUUUUUAUGGUGAGACGGCCACUCAACGUGAUGUCUACAUGGAGUCUGUUCAGCCUGUCUUGCGCCAUCUGCUGGAAGGGCAGAAUGCCAGCAUCUUGGCUUAUGGACCUACUGGAGCAGGUAAGACACAUACCAUGCUGGGGAGUCCAGAGCAGCCAGGCGUGAUACCACGAGCAGUUCAGAAUGUCUUGCAAAUGACAAGGGAUGCUUCAGGAGAUGAGUGGAAGUACUCGGUCUCUAUGUCGUACCUUGAAAUCUACCAAGAGAAGGUUUUGGACCUCCUAGACCCCUCCCUCCGUGACCUGCCCAUCCGGGAAGAUCGCCACCACCGCAUUCUGGUGCCCGGCCUGACACAGAGAGAGAUCACUAGCUUCUUGGACUUUGAAAGCCAUUUCUUGCCAGCCAGCAGCAAUCGGACAGUGGCAUCCACGCAGCUGAAUCAUCGCUCAAGUCGCAGUCAUGCUGUCCUGCUGGUACACGUGAGCCAGACCCAGGGCUGGCCACCAUAUGCCCGGCGGGCUGCCAAGCUGUGCCUCAUCGACUUAGCUGGCUCGGAGGACAACCGGCGGACGGGCAACCAAGGCCUCCGUCUGAAGGAGAGUGGGGCCAUCAACACGUCGCUCUUUGUGCUUAGCAAGGUGGUCGAUGCCCUCAACCAGGGACUCCCUCGGGUGCCUUACAGAGACAGCAAACUUACCCGUCUACUGCAGGAUUCUCUGGGUGGUAGUGCUCACAGCGUGAUCAUUGCAAAUAUUGCCCCUGAGAAGAAAUGCUACUUUGACACCCUCACAAGCCUCAACUUUGCUGCCAAAUCGAAGCAAGUGGUGAACAAACCCUUCACACAGGAAACCCUGCCAGACAUCUGUAAGGAAGGGAGCUGGGCUGGAGUUGACAUGCAGAAGUGGGGCGUGACCAUUUUGCAAGCAUCCAAGAGACCCUGCCCAGGUUCCAGUGAUGCAGGUCCCGAAGCCAAGAGACUUUGCCCAGAGGAGGAACAGCCAAGCAUGGUUGAGCAAAAGCCACUCAGUUCCUUGUUGCCUCUGGAGAAUCUUGAGCCAGCCGUGGCUGAACGGCUGCUGCACUUAGAGUCCUUGGAAAAACAGCAGGCUGGGGCAGGAAGUUGCGUGUUUCCCCUCCUCAACACACCGCGCAGGGAGCGGCUGGGACUUCUGAAGCUGCUGGAUGAGACUCGGCGGGAAGUGAAGAGUCUUAAGGAGAAGCAGCUGGAGAUGGAAGCCAAGGUUCUGCAGGACAAAGAUCGCCCACGGGUUCCUGCCAGACCCCAGAAACAGGCUGUGGUAUUGCCCCUCCAACAAGUGCAGAAACCUGGGAACACUCAGGCGCAAGAUGGUAUUAUCAUUGUAAAACUGAAGAAGGGAGGCCGAAAGAAGAAGGCUUCGGCCCUUGACUCUGAAAAUGAGGCUCCCCCGGAGUGGGAGGUGGAGGUACGGCCUGAUCUGCUGGCCCGCAGCAAGGGGAACAUCCUGGCCCUCCUGAACACAGGCUGUGUGAAGGAUCUCAUGGCCCUGCACCGGAUCGGCAAGAAGAAGGCUCAGCUCAUUGUGGCCUGGAGACACAAACAUGGGUCGUUUGAAAAGGUAGAGGACCUUGGAAAAGUUGAUGGCAUCUCAGCCAAGCAAGCAGCUUCUUUUCUGAAGGUGAAUAUCCUGAGCACACUUGGAACUCCUCAGUAACUGGACCGACUUGGGGAAGCUGCUUCCUCUGUGUGUUUUUAUGAACAAAGACUUGGGUUUUUAAUAUCAUUUUAGCUUUAAUGCAUUUAAAUGUAUUAAAUAUAUGAAAGAAACGUAGAA